AUGUUGGGGCGUCAAACUUUCAUAAUGUACGAGGUCAAGGCGGAGGCCAAGGUGGUGGUCGCUACAUUUGUGGCAACACAAUUACUGCACGUGAAGGAGCCAGCAAUGUUGGGUAUCACAACUUUGGCAACACCACACCAGACAGGACCUGUUGCAUCCUAUAGUUUGGGAGAAAAAGAAGCUGAAUCGAAGUUAGCAUAA